GCUUUACUUGAACGCCAUAGGGAAGCUUUAGAAGUUCAGCGUGCUGAACUAGCGGCCGAACAUAAACUCCAAAUGGAGAUAAAAACAGAGGCGAUAAGGAGAGAAUGCGACGCUCUAGUGCUGAUCGAGAGGGACCGCUGCCGGCGGCAGGUCCGCGAGGAAAGCCGAACCGC